CUUUAAACUUUUGAGACGCUCCCCACGUGCACCCUGCAACAAACAGGUGCGAGGCCCGUCUCAGGUAGCAGGCUUCCGGGCUACUCCAAGUUUACCUAUGUGAUCUACAUGACACGAUACUUUCGUGCGGGGAGCUUCGUGUCACGUGACACACCUAAAGACCCAGGUGGAUUAUGCCUGUCCGCGGAGGAACGCCGGAGAAGUAGAUUAGUCUGAUAGUGGUGUACCGUUGUACGGGAGACAGCCUACAUUCAGCGUUAACAUAAUUACCGUUACUUCAUGUUGUCAGGGAGGUCAACGGUGUCAGUUGUGCCCGGUGUGUGAAUCGUCGACUUUACUCUUCUGUACCCCACAAACCGGCGUUCGACAUCAACUAACAAUAUGUCGGCUGUUGCCAUGGUAAUGAGAACAAAUGUACAUAACAAGUCUAUUCAAAAGGAGUUCCUCAGCAAGUUAACGGAAUAUAUGGCCAAACUCUUCGGCAUUGAGACCAAGAAUGUGACCAUGGAGCUCCACCUGGAGGCACUGAUGAUGAGAGCAGGAUCCACUGCACCCAUGAUGAACAUUGACCUCCACCAUAACAGUAACCGGGCCAACCAGGAAAACAAACCACAGCUCGCAUCAGACAUCGCCACGUUCAUAUCAGCUCAGAUCAGGAUACCUGAGGAUAGGAUACUGGUGCUGUUCUUUGAUACACGGAAAUGCACAUGAGAAUACAGCACUCGUAUCAAUACAUCCAUGAAUCCCUCUUCCAAUGGUGGUGUUAUGUACUGAAUCUACAUAGUGCCUGCCUUAAUAAUUAUGAAACUUGCCAAAAAGUGACAUAUCCCAUUGAACCCAAUCUUGUUUUUGUUGUAUCCAGUCACAGAUUUUAUGUAUUCUUAAGAUUGUAGAUUCAUUUAGCUGAACCUGAAUGUUAAUAUAUUUUAUAACAUUGUCCUGAAACUUCAGUAACCUUGGAAUGGCUACAUUCUGUGUAAUGAAAUAAAAUAAAUUCUUAUUUCAACAUUUAAUGAAAACACAACAGUUGAUGUUGAAUCUUAGCUCAUAAAUCUGAAUUUCUGAUUCCAAUGUUUUAUAUAUUAAAAGUUGAGGUUGUAAACAAAAAUCUCAAUCUUAUGUUUGUUGUGCUAAGCCACCUUUAGUCAGCAAAGUUUCAGUUACCUGUUGCAGACUACUCAAAAUAAGUCAAAAACACCCACAAUCUUGGAAGAGUGUUGAACACUGAGAAAUAACUACAAUUGUAUGAAAAUAUGGGCGUUCUUGAACAUAUUUGAGCAAUAUAUUUCUGACUAUCUCAUGUCUAGGUCAUUCUUCAAGAGCUGAGAUUGCUUUGUAAAUAAGGCCCCAUUGCCUACAAGAAAGAGUACCAGCAACAUCACAGCCAAUAGCUGGUCCUCAAGAGCUACCUUAUUUGUCACAACUCACAUCACAACCUUAAACAGCUAAGAAGAAAGGACCAAUGAGAACCCCCCUGUUUUGCACUUACUUUUAGCGGGCAAAGUAAUAAACAAAGUUUACUAAAAAAAAAAGGUCUGGCCUUAAAAGUGAGGGAUGUCCCCAAACACUAACAGUGCUGAUUUACCACACAGACUCUGUUAAGGGGCUCACUCAGGAACAUCACCUCAGGAACCAAUAAAAAACAACACAUAACCUCAGGCAGACCUUCACAGAAGACAAACAAAUCAUAUUCUGUACAAAGUUUAAUUACAAUUCAUAAAAUGUAUGAACACAUUGAGUAGUAUGGGUGUUUCAAAAGCAACGAACAAAUGUCAUUACUUGAACAGAUGACAGUACAGGGAACCCUCACAUGUGAGGGUCCGACAUCUCACACAGCUAAGAGUAUUACUAGGGCAUUACCCCUGCCAAUAUCAGCACAGAGGCUCA